CCACUCGGCUGUCACUUCAGCCACGCAUUGCCGCUGGUUUGUCAACGAUGGUUCGACUUCAAACAAUCUUUUUCUGUUUCAUAGUAUUUGCUUCGAUUUUUCCUCUUUCAGUGUAUUUUUCUGAACAUUUGGGAUUAUGGGAAUACGUCAACGGAACCCCAAAGUCUGCAGCUGUACAGACUACUGUGAAAAAGAGAAUGAUCUGCAUUGAAGUAGAUGAGGAAGCGUUUAUCAAAAAUAUUGGUCUUUUUCUACAAACUCCCAAUGAGCUCGCAAGAAAGACAUCAACGACACAGACCCAGGACAUGGUCGCAAAGGCAGGUCUUGACAUUCAGCAAAGCAAACUUCAAGGAAAAACUUCUCUGAGCAAUCAAACAACAGCAAGAAAGCCAUACAACCCAAAGAAUUUCAACCAGUACCCUGUGUGGCCAGACGAAGAGGAGUAUCAUCGGGACCACAUGGAAGAAAGGAAGACCUGUCCAGUCAAUUUAAGAAAAUCAAAAGUUGACUGGUUUAAGAAAGCAUUUAUUCCUGAUGUUGGGAUUUUUAUGCACAAAGAACAUUUCAGUGAACUGGAGUGGAAGAGGCUGGAGAAGUUCAACCCUCCCUAUGGAUGGAUGGGGGCCAACUACCAAGAUGUAAAGGAUGCCGUUGAAUUGAUGCCUAGCCUAGCCAAACAGAAGAUUCGGCUGACAACUAAAAGCAGGGACGGCUGCAUCCGCUGUGCUGCCGUAGGCAAUGGCGGAAUCCUCAAUGGCUCUCGGAAGGGACAGGAAAUCGACUCUCACGAUUACGUCUUCCGGGUGAAUGGCGCGGUAAUCAAAGGCUUUGAACGAGAUGUGGGCUCCAAAACCUCAUUUUACGUCCAUACGGCAAACACAAUGACGACUUCGCUCUACAUCUAUAAGAAGAACGGCUUCACCAAAGUGCCAGUUGAUGAGGACACAAAGUAUAUUCUGCUCCCGGAAGGCGGCCGAGAUUACGAGUGGAUGAAAGCCCUGUACCGAAAUACGACCGUGGAAAAAGGAUUGUUCAAAAGGAAAUGGCCUGUCAAAUACUUUGGUGAGAACUUCACAAUGGACAAGUACUUAGUCAUUCAUCCUGAUUUCAGCAGAUAUAUAAAGAACAGAUAUUUGAAGUCUAAGGCCCUUACUAGAAGAGAGUGGGACCUUUACCGGCCAAGCACUGGUGCAUUCAGCUUGAUGUUAGCACUCCAUUUGUGUGAUGUGGUGAAUGCCUAUGGGUACAUUACAGAGAACUAUAAGAAAUAUUCCGACCAUUAUUACGAUACGACAUACAAAGAGACCAUCUUCUAUAUCAAUCAUGACUUUGAACUGGAGAUGAAAAUGUGGAGGAUGUUUCAUGACGCAAAACUUUUUAACCUCAACCAUAAGAGCUGAAAACCGUCAAGAGUGUAAAUCG